AUGCAGUUCGAAUACGAUCCCGAAAGGCUUAUAGAAGAAGUGAGGAAAAGACCUGGCAUAUGGAAUUAUGAAGAUAUGGAAUAUCGUGCUAAAACUAUGAGGUACAAACUCUGGAACGAAGUGGUCACGGAACUUAUGAAUCCUGAGGCCAAGGUCUCUAAAAGUGAAAUGAGAGAACUCGAAAUCCAACUACAAAAGAAAUGGAAAAGCAUUCGGGACUGCUUUCAGAAAUACAUUGCAAAUCCUAAUAGAACGAAGAAACCGUAUAUUUAUUCCAGACAGUUACAAUUUCUAUUGAAAGAUCAGGAGGAAUUACCACGCAAAGAGGACGGAGGAGGAACAACUGAAUCAGAUGAUGACAAACCAAUUAAAAAGAAGAAAGUAUGGAGAUCCAAAAGAAAGUUGAAAUUAGUGAAAGAGGAGACUUCAGAAGAAGACAAUGACAAUAGUAUUAAUUACGAAGCUAAUGAUGAUUCCAGAGAUUAUACUAUGGAGACGUCUGAAACUGGACGAUCAGCGAAGGUACCAAAGACUAGCAAGCCACAGCCACAAGUCGACGAGUUUGUAUUUGCAAGUGUUGAUACACAAAUAAAAAAUGAAUCGGAUGAUCCAGAUAGAAUGUUUUUACUGUCACUUUUGCCACAUUUGAAGAUGAUACCGGAAGAAUUUCGUUUGAACGUGAAAAUGGAUAUGAUGCACGUACUUCGAAACGCAAGUUAUAACACCGCUAGAGAACACAAGUUGAUUUAA